UUACAUGGAUAAACCUUGCUUGUUCUUCUCUCUCUCCCUCUCUCUCUUUCAUUUUAUCUUUUUUUCUUUUCCCAUCUUUGUUGACUGCCCAUUGCGUUGAUUCAAACAGAUCUUACAUCCUUCUUCUCUUUUUCAUCAUGGAAGAAGCAAAGGUGUUUGAAGCUAAAGAUAGAACCAUUUCUGUUGCCUCUGCUUUUCCUGGUCAUCAAGGAGUUGUACAGGACAGAGACCACAAAUUCCUAACACAAGCAAUUGAUGAGGCAUAUAAAGGCGUUGAAUGUAAAGAUGGGCGCCCGUUUGGUGCAGUUGUUGUUCGCAAUGAUGAAGUAGUUGUGAGUUGUCACAAUAUGGUUUUGAGAAACACUGACCCUACUGCGCAUGCAGAGGUUACUGCCAUUAGAGAGGCAUGCAAGAAGCUCAAUCAGAUUGACCUCUCUGACUGUGAAAUAUAUGCUUCGUGUGAGCCCUGUCCAAUGUGCUUUGGUGCCAUCCAUCUGUCAAGAAUCAAGAAGCUGGUUUAUGGAGCCAAAGCCGAAGCAGCCGUAGCGAUUGGGUUUGAUGAUUUCAUUGCCGAUGGCUUGAGAGGUACUGGCUUUUACCAGAAGGCUCACCUGGAGAUCAAGAAAGCUGACGGCAGUGAUGCUGUCAUUGCUGAACAAGUAUUUGAGAAGACCAAGGAAAAGUUUACCUUGUAUUAACAUCUUCAGUUCGUUACCAGAAUCAGACAGCAGUUUAUGAUAAACUGCUCAUUUAAGUUCUAAAUAAUAACUAUGCAUUGUUUGCCCAUUUAGGAUGGCAGUUUAUGAUAAACUGCCCAUUUAAGUUCUAAAUAAUAACUAUGCAUUGUUUGAUUUCAGAAAUCAUGUGAGAAAUAAAAGCUAUGAUUAAUUUUAAGGUCAGAA